AUGAAUUUUUCGCCGUACAAGCUCGCGUUCCUACUCGUUCUCAUACCGCUGGCAUAUCGUUUCGUCAGCGAUCGCCUCUAUUCGGACCACAAGCCCGAAGUGUACGGCUACGUCGACGAGCGUUUCAAGAAAGUCGGCGACGCGUUUGCGCAAAACUUUGAAAAUGGCUGGGAGUCGGAAGGUGCGGCACUCGCCGUGUUUCUCGACGGCGAGAAGGUCGUCGAUGUUUACGGAGGCUACGCCGACAAACAGGCCGCCAGAAAAUGGGCUUGGAACACCAUCACCGUGACGUUCUCAACGACGAAAGCUGUCGCGUCGGUCGCAAUCGCCUUGUUACACCAAAACGGGAGAUUGAACUAUGACGAUCCGGUUGCCAAGUACUGGCCGGGCUUCGGAAAGCAUGGACGCGAUAAUGUGACAAUUCAAAUGGCGCUCUCGCACAUGGCCGGACUUGCCUACAUCGAUACGCCGAUCACCGAGCAAAUGGCGGCGGACCAUGAGAAAAUGCGAGAGAUUCUUGAGAAUCAGCCGCCAAAUUGGGCGCCCGGCACCAAAACUGGCUAUCACGCUUAUACGCAUGGAUGGAUUGUCGAUCAGAUCAUCCGACAUACCGAUGAGCGCAAACGUGGCAUCGGCCAGUUUUUCCGAGAAGAAAUCGCUGAGAGAUUCGAUAUCGAUUUUCACAUCGGAUUACCCCUGGAGGAGGAGUAUCGAGUUGCUCGAAUUACAACACCGACCCUUUUGAAUCGUCUAGAAGAGAUGUGGCAUGAUUUAAGGGUUGUCAAAUACCUCAAAUCGCUUUAUAAGUUGAUUUCGGGUCAUCCGUUGGCAAAAGUUGUGAAGAAUCCGUCAUGGCUUGAAGCCGUGAGUAGAUGCACGAUAAACAAUCCGGAUUACCAUUCGCUUGAACAAGCGGCGGCUCUCGGAAUUGGAAACGCGCGUUCGCUGGCCACAUUAUUCGACAAGGUGAAUCGCGGCGAGAUUCUCAACAAGGCCGUCCUCGAAACGAUCAGCAAACAUUAUGUCAAUGAGUCGGACUUUAUUUUCGACGACGUCGUCGCGAAAGGCUACGGAUUCUUCCAUUUGCCGAUUGGCCGCGCCGGAACUGCUCACGGGUUUGGCCACACCGGUCACGGCUGCCAAAUGGUGAUAACCGAUUUGAAAAAUAAAUUGACGAUCGCAUACGUAACCAACGGACUCAAAACUGGUAUCUAUGAUCUGUGCCGGACGUAUUGGAAACUUCAGACGGCCACCUAUGAUGUCAUUGAAGAGAUGCAGAAGAAUUAG